AUGCCUGCUCCAUCAUUGCUGAUCCCCUCGUGUGAGGAGCUCCCUAUGCCUGCUCCAUCAUUGCUGAUCCCCUCGUGUGAGGAGCUCCGUAUAUCCGCUCCAUUACUGCUGAUUCCCCCGUGUGAGGACCACCGUAUGCUCGCUCCAUCACUGCUGAUUCCCCCGUGUGAAGACCACCACGCGGGACCAAAGCUUGGCUGGGACUGGCGCCUCCACAGCCUGCAGAGAAAGCACCUUAACCACGGAAAAAGGGACCAAAGCGAGGCCGGGACAGUAGCCUCCAGAGCCCGCAGGAGUCAUUAUCACCACGAGAGAAGGGACAAGACCGAGGCCGGGAUAGGAGCCUCCAGAGUCCGCAGAGGCGAGGGGAUAGUAACCGAGAGCAGUGGGAGGAAGAGGAAGAUGAAGAGGAGCGCUCACAGGAGGGUGGUCCAGGAGGCGGCAGGCCCCUCCCCUGAUAAAGUGGGCUGGGUCAGACAGUUCUGUGGGCGUGGCCUGUUCCGGGAGCUGUGGAAGAACCGCUACCUGGUGCUGCAGCGCGAGCGUUUGUGGCUGUGCACAAAAGAGGUGAAGGAGGAGCGCGGUGCUCAGCUGAUCCUGGAUCUGUCACAGUUCGAACGCUGUGAAGAACUGAAGAAAGAGAAGAGCAAGAGCAAGAAGAGCCACAGCCGCUUCAUACUGCAGCGAGGAGGCUCCGCCCCCAAUACUGUCCACAGUCUGGUGUUUGUGGCUCUGAGUCCUGAGGAGAAAGAGUCUUGGAUCCAAGUCCUGACCGGGGCCAUCAGCCGAGCCAAGACCCGGCCUACGGACCCUACUCUAGACCAGGUGGAGCUGUUCGAUGGGACUCUUCUUCACAUGACCAAAGAGCGUGUGAGAGUUCCUUUGGGCCGAAGACUUCCCUCACGAGGACACUUGUUGGCCGUGAGCUCCUCAUCUCAUGGUGCUCUGACCUUUGACCUGGCGGAGGAGGAGCUGUGGGGCGGAGCCGUGUUUGGGAGCGGAGCCGUAGACUGCAGGGUGGUGGGGGUGCGACAGAGGGCGGGGACCGACGUGUCCAAACUCAAACCAUCAAUACGAGACACAAGUGUGAACACCGGAUCCCUGCCCCGGACCAGCGAGAGGAACUGGGGCCGAGGGACGGAGACAAGGGAGAUCAGGGGGCCUAAGACCAGGAACCUACAGGUCUUUAAAGGCCAGUCCCGGACUCCUCAGCUGGGCAAGAAGCUCAGUGCUCAGGGGAGAAACCGCUGUGCGUCUCUGGAUGAAGUGCUGAGACCCGUCCUGGUCCGGUCCGAGUUGCGCUCCGCUCUUCGACGCAGUCCGUCUGAAGACACGCCACCCGUGCAGCUCCCCAGUCUGAUCGUCCAGAGGAUGCAGCGAGCACAAGAACUGCUGGAGGAGCUGAGACUACAGGAGCUGCAGAAAACCAAAGCCCAAAAAGACCGAGCCACCAACAAGAACUCCCCCAAGUCCCAGACCAAGUCCAGUUCUGCGGGAUCUGGAUCUCCUCGAGGAAAGACCAAAGACUCUGGUCAGACCAAGCUCAAGAAGUCUAAGUCUAAGACCAAGAACCAGACCAAGACCCGAGCCCAGACCAAGACCAGAGACCCAUCCAGAACCUCGCAAAGACCCCAAACCCGUAGUGGGUCCCACAGAGCUCAGACCUGUCCACAAUCCUCGCCAAAAUCCACCCAGAACAGUCCAGUCCAACUCCAGAGACCAGAGCCACACCAGCAGACACCUGCACCGGACCAGGACUUUGAACAAGGUCUAAACCAGGACUUAGAGGAAGUCCUGGAGGAAGAGUCCGACCCAGACCAAGACCUGGAACAGGACCUGGAGCCGGAACAGGAGCAGGACCCAGAUCAGGACCAGGACUCGGACUCUGACCUCAACCAGGAGCUGGCUGUGGAGCUGCAGCGUGCAGAGGCUCAACGUCUCCUCCAGGAGGCGCUGUGCUCAUGGAAACAGGCUCAGGAGGUUUUACAGGAGAGGCGGCGAGAGGAGAGUGUCACCCAUCCAGAGGAGCACCCACAGAGCACCCACCCCCGUGUCACCCAGUCACCCCAGCACUGGGACAGGACCGUGACAGAGAUGGACGAGUUGAAGGAGGAGCAAGAAGAGAACGCCAUCUUCAGGCCAAACAUGGAAAUGCAGCUCCACACAGAGCACAGCGCCAUCUGCGGGUCUGAGGAGGAGGACCAAGACAGCAGGGACAGCACCUCCUACGGACCACACGCAGGGUUCUGGCUACAGACUGGACUGUUGGACCCCAGACCUCCAGAGCCAGGCUCCUCCUCCUUGCUACUGGCCCCGCCCCCUGUGCCUUCUGGCCCCGCCCCGUUCUGCUGCGCGCUGUGCGGGGCGGUGCUGUCGUGUCGGGAGGCACUCACAGAUCACCUGACGACGCACGCCGUGGGGAGACCACCGCUGUGUGCUCUGUGCGGGACACAGCUGCACAACUCUGGCGACGUGCGCCGACACAUGAUGACACACUCCGGAGAGAAGCCCUUCGUCUGCGACCGCUGUCAGAAGCGCUUCACCCGCAGACACGCCCUGCACAACCACCAGAUGAACUGUCGCCACGGCAACGCAGGCCCCGCCCCCCCACAACAGGAAGAGGCCUUUAGCUGCUGCGUGUGCGCGCUCAGCUUCACCACGAGACCCGCCCUCACGGCCCACAUGGUCGUCCAUGUGGGAGGUGACCCACCGCGCUGCCAGGUCUGCACCCGCAAAGUGUCGCCACACAUUAGCAACAUCCUGAGACACAUGAUGCUGCACAGCGGAGAGAAGAAGGAGGCGAGCAAGAAGAGGAGCACACCACGCCCCACCAAGGUGUGUGUGGACGCAGCACCCCCGGAGGAAGAGACGUUCACCUGCUCUGUCUGCUCUCACCGCUCUGAAUCCGCCUCCCUGCUCACCGAUCACAUGACCAAUCAUGUGAUCAUCAGUGAGGCAUGUGGCACGUGCCUCGUCUGCCACAAAACCAUCCAGAAAUCUAAGAACGACGUGCGACGUCACAUGAUGAUCCAUUCUGGAGAAAAGCCCUAUGUGUGUGUGGGCUGUGGCAAGAGCUUCAACCGCAACUCUACACUCCAGGUACACAUGAACAUCUGUAGUGUGGCUGUCCCCGUCCACAAAGAGUCUCCGGAGAAGAGCGCAGAGGAAGAGGAUGAUGAAGAGGGCACCUUUGGGUGCUGUCUGUGUGAGAAGCAGUUCUUCCGGAAAGGUCUACUGACAGAUCACCUGACCACACACCUGUCAGAGCCGCCGGGGACGUGUCUGAUCUGCGGAAAAGGCGUCGGCACCAAACGGAAUGAUGUCAGGCGCCACAUGAUGAUCCACUCCGGAGAGAAACCUUUCAGCUGCUCCCAGUGUGGCAUGAAGUUUAACCGCAAGUUCACACUGCGGCACCACAACAAGCUGUGCACACAGGGCGCUCCACAGGAGGCGCUGCAGUGCGACGAAAUUCUUUGUCCUGACGAUGGCGCUGUGGAGCAGAGUUUGCAGGUGAAAGGGGAGGAGCCUGAUGAGGAAGUAAACACACGCUGUAAAUUCUGUAACGAGAGUUUCUACGAGCCAUCACAGCUGACAGAGCACAUGGCGGCGCACACAGAUGACAUCACAGGGGCGUGUCUGAUCUGCGGGAAGGCACUUGGACGCACCGUGGCACAAGUGCGUCAGCACAUGAUGGUUCAUUCCGGAGAGAAACCCUUCAGCUGUUCAGUCUGCGGCCGCCGCUUCAUCCGCACCCUGGCCCUGAAGCAUCAUAUGAAGACUCAUGAGGCGGGUGCGCAGCAGGAGACCUCCAAACCUGCACACGCGUGUCCUGUGUGUACGCAGACCUUUAAGACCUUGACGGUGCUGAAGUACCACAUGUUCAUCCACUCGGGCGUGCGCCCGUUCGCAUGCUCCGUGUGCGGGAAGCGGUUCCGGCAGCGCGGCGACGUGCGCCGUCACAUGAUGCUUCACUCCGGGGAGCGACCGUUCAGCUGCCGCGCUUGCGGGAGGAGCUUCAACCGCCGCAACGCGCUCAGACUGCACCUGCGUACACACAUUGCAGGCGGCGUGGUGGACGAAGCUCUACUGGACGUCCCGGCUGAAGGUGCAGACACUCCUGACCGCGGUCUGUCUCCGGUGAUCGUGUGCGAUGGCUGCGGUCAGGGCUUCAGCCGAUCACUACACUUUAACCGCCAUCUGAGCGCGUGCGGCAAGCUGCACCGCCGCUCAGACCACGCCCCCUUCAGCUGCAGCCUCUGUGCAGAGAGCUUUGCUGAGAGGGAGGGCCUAGUGGAGCACGUGCUGACACACAAGGACGGCGAGUACGUGAGCUGUGCAAUCUGUAACAAGAGCCUGCGGCGCGGCGACCUCAAAGCGCACCUGUCGCUGCACGCAGGAGAGAAGCGCCACAUCUGUCCGAGCUGCGGCAAAGGCUUCAGCCGCAACACGCACCUGCGUGGCCACAUGCGCACGCACGACAAGCACCAGUCCUUGCUGCCCGGUGCAAAGCUGUCGGCCCAGCCCACUGCUGCACCGACAGACCAGCCAGGCCAAGCCUCGUCCCCUGCAGCCUCGCCCCCCACUACAUCCUCGCCCCCCACUACAUCCUUCCCCUGUCAGAUCUGUGGGAAGGCGUACGGGAAGAAGUCGAGCCUGGUGAGCCACGUGGCGGAGAACCACAAGCAGCCGUCAUCCUUCAAGUGUCCCGUGUGCAGCAAGUUCCUGCGGCGCAAGAGCGACCUGAAGCGCCACCUGCUGACGCACAGCGACAACAAGCCCUUCACGUGUCGGCUCUGCGGGAAGGGCUUUGGCCGCAGCGAUCAGCUCCGCGGCCACGUGAGUGCGCAUCACCGCGAGGACGAAUUGACUGCGGGGGGAGGGGCCAGUGAAGAGGGUAGUGCUGGUGAGCCACAGAGCCACAGCUGCCCUGACUGUAUGUUCCCCUGUCCCGCCUUAGCCUCCUACAACUGCCCCUCGACCGGACUGCUGCUGGUGGACUGCCCGAGCUGUGAGCGCAGCUUCAGCCUUUAG